AUGAAAUUUGAACGGCGCUUUUUGCUGCUUUCCGCUGCUGCUGCUGCUGCUGCUGCAGUGGUCCACUGGUCCACAGCGGCGGAGGGCCGGUUGCUGCUCCCGCUGCAGCAGCAAACAGCUUCCCGGUCCUUCUUCCAAACCCGCAGCCAAACUGACGCAGAGCCAGAAGCAGAGAGCAGCAGCAACGCAGAAGAGCCGGAGUCAAGUGCGUCGGGCUCGCAGCAGGAGGGGGCCUCCGAAGCAGCAGCUGAGCAGCCGCAACAGCAGCAGCAGCAGCAGCAGCAAGCUGCUGCUGAAGGCGCCCCCGAGUCCAAGUCCGAGGAAGCAGCAGAGGGAGCCGGAGAGGCGGAGACAACAGCAGAAGAACAUUCUGCAACAGAGGCUUCCACUGUUGCUGCACCCAAGCCAGAGCAGCCGCAGCAGCAGCAGCAGCAGCAGCAGCAGCAACCUCCGCAGCAGCAGACUGAAGCCGCAGCCCCCAGCGCAGCCACUCAGUCAGCUGGAGGGGCAGCAGCAGAAGCACCAGCUGCAGCAGAACAGCAACAGCAGCAGCAGCAGCAGGCCACUGAAAAUGCAGCAGCAGCAGCAGCAGCAACUCAUGAGCCGCCGCGCAUGCAGACAGUGGCCCCCCACGAGCCCCAUGGCGACGCUGCAGCUGCAGCAGGAGCUCCUCACGUGGAGGAAAUAACAGCCCAUUGCGUUUUGGCGCACAACAAAAUCCGAACGGCCCGUCUAGACACCUGGGCGGCGCCAGUUGCUGCUGACGACUCUUUGGCUGAAAAGGCCCGCAGCAGAGCGCGGGAGUACAUAAGCAGCAAAUGCGCAGUUUCGGAAGCUUCAAAAGUGGACAAAAGCAGCGAGCUCAUGGCCCACAAGACCGGCGAGGGGUGCGACGGGCUCAGCUACGUGUUUCUGGACGGACUGAGCGAACUAGACGACUCGUUCUUUGCUGCGCUGCAGAAGCGGCAGCAAGUUGAAGCCAAAGGCGAAGGCCAGGCCUUUUUGCCCACAGCUGUUGCUGACCACGAAGUCAAAGCAGCAGCAGGAGCCAAAAUGGCUCCUGUAGAACUCAGUGCUGCUGCUGCUGCUGCUCCUCCCCUUCCUGCUGCGCUGCUGGCCUCUCUACUCGCACUUGCUGCGGCUGCAGUUGCUGCCUGA